AUGCUGCCCUCAAUGCAUUGCCUCGACGGUGGCCGCAGCGCUGCCUCCAACACGCCUCUAGACCUGAGUGCAUCGCUCUCUCGCAAGGAAAAACGCGGCAUGAAACGCGUCGAUUCCAAUGCCCCCAAAGCUCCCAUUAUUAUCGCCACCUCGCAGCAAAGUCGAUUCCACACUGUCACAUUUGACGAGUUCGGCAAGAACGUUCUACUCAACCAGUUCACACUCGCCAUUGGAACGCCGUCAUCCGAUGAGACUGCAGAUCCUGUUGGCGUCGUAGAGCUGCUAAGAGAUACCCAAUUGAAGCUCAAUUACGGCUCUCGUUACGGUCUUGUGGGUCCCAAUGGAAUCGGCAAGUCCACACUACUCACAGCUUUAGCAGACGGACUGGUCGAAGGGCUUCCGACGUCACUCAAGAUCCUGUACGUGAACCAGUUGGACACGUCGUCGUUAACUCCCGAAUCGGCACAGCAGUCGGUACUGCACACGGUGUUGAGUGCAGACACGAGAGUUAGUGAGCUGCAAUAUAAAAUUGAUAUAUUCCAAAAGGCUGAGUUGCUCCAUACGUUGCUAACUAUCCAAGUAAUGGAGGCAGAGCAAGCUCAAGACGCUGCUAGUAAGAUCGCCAUUAAGAGAAGUGGCAUGCUCGGUAAGGAUGCCAGACUAAGGCUGCUGGAAGCCGAGCACAAGACAGCAGAUUUACGUCAGCGACUGCAAUUCACGCUGUCGGAUAUGGAGCACGAGAGCGUAAUCGCAGCCAAUGAGACGGAGAUCUUGCAUGAAAUCCACCAGAAAAUGGAACAAUUCCAACAAGAAUUAAAGAUACUGGAUGAAGCUUCCAUGGAAGCACGUGCACGCCGAAUACUGGCGAGUAUGGGUGUCGGUCCAGCCAAGCAGGAUGCUCCACUGGCGUCGCGAAGUGGUGGCUGGCAAGUACGUAUUCUUCUGGCUCGAGUGUUGUUCAUGGAGCCAGAUUUUUUACUACUGGAUGAGCCGACGAAUCACUUGGACAUGCCUUCGAUUUUGUGGCUAAAAAACUAUCUCCUUACUCUCGACGACGUGCUUGGAACGCCAGUCACACUUGUAGUAGUAUCCCACGACCGGUUCUUCUUAAAUGCCGUGACGGAAGAGACUAUCUUCUUCCGUGGAUACGACAAGACACUCGCUUACUAUGAAGGAACUUACGACUCCUUCGAGCUGGCUAUGAUGAGGAAAAGACAGUUCAAUGCUCGUCUACAAACCAAACUGGACAAGAAGACGGACCAGAUGAACGCUAUGGUCUCUAAGAUCUCCCAACAAGCUACACGAUCGAAAGAUGACAAGAAGAUGCAAGUCGCAGCUUCAAAAAAGAAGAAAAUGGAUCGGAUUGGUAGCGAACGUAGUGCCAAAGGAACACGAUUCAAACUUAACCGGGACCGCGCGGGGUAUUUCCUUACUAACCGCGAUCAAGCAGAGGAGCAAGCUAAGUACGACGAGACCGAAGGUGGCAACAGUGGAAGCUCCGCAUGGCGUAUACUAUCCAGUAGUCCUCCUCAGAUCCGGAAUCUGACGAAACUGGACAACACGACGAUGGUUUCGCUUGAAAAUGUAUCGUUUCGAUACGAUACAUUCAACGAAAAGCCCAAAUUUCCACUUGUGUUUGAGAAACUCAAUCUUACCAUAAACUACGGUGACAAAGUAGUUCUGGUGGGACGCAAUGGUGCGGGUAAAACGACAUUUAUGAAGCUGCUGAGCAAAGGAUUAGAGCCGGAAAGUGGCAAAGUGGAGUAUUUCCACGGAGCACGGAUUGCGUCAUUGAUGCAACAUAACGUGGAAGACCUCAAACGUCAGGAAUGGUCUCGAGGUCUCACUCCAUUGGAGUUAUUGCGCACACGACUGCAAACGGAUGACGCGGUAUCAGACGUGGGAGCUGCUGGAGUCGCAAGUGAUGGUAAAAUACGUGGGUAUUUAAGUAGUUUCGGUAUCACAGGUGGGAUUGCCGUCGCCGUCCCGCUCCACGCUCUAUCAGGCGGACAAUUGGUACGCGUGGGGUUGGCCUGGGCUACGUUCCCAUACCCGCCGCACGUGUUGCUGCUCGAUGAGCCCACGAACCAUUUGGACAUGAACACGAUUCAACUGUUAGGUGAGGCUCUGCGCAAGUAUCAAGGAGCGGUGGCGCUCAUUUCGCACGACUUGCAUUUCCUCGACAUUCUCACAAACGGGAAACAACGCGGAGAGGAAGAUGGAGAUGAAGACGAAGAUGAAGCAUGUGGUCGUGUGCGGGUCUUUGAAGUGAGCAAGAAGAAGGGCGUAGUGUCUCUCCUGCCACUUGAGCGAGUGGAAACGUAUCAAGAGAAAGAGGAGAGUCGCAUGGCUUCCCUAGGCCGCAUAUAA